CGGCGAGCGGCGGGACGGGGACGGGGACGGGGACCGGGACGGGACGGCGGAGCGGCCUGGGACCGGCAUCAGCGGCUGUAUUUCACCCCCUCCCGCUGGCCACUAGGUGGAGGAUGGAUCUCUGCCACCAUGUUGAUGGGCUGACGAUGGUUCGUGGAACGCGCAAGGCCAUCAGGUUUGGGCUCCACAUCGUGACGUGGAAUGUGGGGACGGCCGGACCCCCCGAUGACGUCACCACCCUCCUGCAGCUGGAGAGCCAGACCCGCGAGACUGACAUGUACAUCAUCGGCCUGCAGGAGGUGAACUCCAAGGUGCUCUCGUUCCUGGCCGACAUGGUGUUUAACGACCCCUGGACCCUCUUCUUCACCAACUUCCUGGCGCCCCUGGGCUACGUCAGGGUAUCCUCCAUCCGGAUGCAGGGUCUUCUGCUGCUGGUGUACGUCAAGCACCUGCACCUGCCGUACGUCCGGGACCUGCGCACCAGCUACACCCGCACUGGCAUGUACGGAUACUGGGGUAACAAGGGUGGGGUGGCAGCCCGCCUGUCGGUCUACGGGCACCUGCUGUGCUUCCUGAACUGCCACCUACCUGCCCACCUGAACAACAGUGGGCAGCGCAUCACCAGCUUCCAGCGCAUCCUGGCCGUGCUGCAGUUCACCAGCGAGAAGGCACCGGCCGUCCUAGACCACGACCUGCUCUUCUGGUUCGGAGACCUCAACUUCCGCAUCGCCGAUCACGGGCUGCGCUUCGUCCGCGAGUCGAUCGUCAGGAACCGCUUCCACCUGCUCUGGGACAAGGACCAGCUGAACAAGGCCAAGACGAUGGAACCGGUGCUGAGUGGGUUCCUGGAGGGACAGCUGCGCUUCAAACCCACCUACAAGUUCAACCUGGACUCCAUCGACUACGACACCAGUGAGAAGAAACGGAAGCCAGCGUGGACGGAUCGGAUCCUCUGGAGAAUUAGCGAGCACGGCCAGGGCGGGGGGAGUGAGAGCCAGGGCUCCAACGCCAAGAAGCCCCUCACCGUCAACUUAAACAUCUACGACAGCCAAAUGGAGUACGGAGUCAGCGACCACAAGCCCGUGCUGGGAACGUUCUCCCUGGAGCUGGAGAAGCGUUUUCUGGAGCCUCUGGUGGAGCUGCAGCCGGAGGGGGAGUGGAUGCCCGGGAACGACGGCAUCAUCAGCUACUGCACCACCCACGACUACCCCGGCAGCACCUGGGACUGGAUCGGACUCUACAAGGUUGGAUUCAGAAGUGACCGAGACUACGUGACGUACGUCUGGGUGAAGGACGAUGAGCUGACAGUGCACGAGGAUGUUUAUCAGGUCUACCUGAAUGGUGAGGAUGUCCCGGAGGGUGGAGGGGACUUCUUCCUCUGCUACUACAGCAGCAACAUGGAGGGCAUUGUCGGAGUGAGCCGGUCCUUCCAGGUUCCCCCACACACGGCUGGCACGGGGGUGUGAGGGAUUGCCACACUGGGGGAGGGGAGGUGAGGGAUCGCUGCACUACAGGAGACAAUAGGUGUAGGAGGAGGCCAUUCGGCCCUUUGA